UGUGUUGUUUGAAUUUCCAGCAUCUGCAAAAUUCCUCGUGUUUGCGGUCACAAGUAGGAUGCCCUAUCCACAGCCAGCUCCGAGGAUCGGGAUCGAACUCGUGUUGCUGGAGCUGCCAGCCUCCACCCGCCCGUUAUCCACGGCAUGGCUGCAAUAUAAUAAACAACUCGGCAAAGCCGUUCAGGUGGAAGUCCAGUCGCUGUUGUGCUGCGAGACUAGCGGCAUUGGCGCUGUCUGAAGAACAAACGAAAGUACUGUGUAAUGGAUCAAGCGGCUGUGGGAUGUCCUGCGCAGGCCAGGAGCCCGGGCGGAGACCGGCUGAAUCCUGAGCUGCACAUACUCUGCAGAUCCAUGCAAACGAGAGCUGACAUCAUAGAACUAUUCCGGGUUCGAGGUGGUGAGCAGAUCUGCUUUCACUAAAUUGCCCGGGGACAGAAAGGCAAAUUUGGACGAGUACGUGCAAAGUAAGAUUAAAAACUGUUUUCCGCACAAAUAGGUAAGAUCUAUAUCGAGAUUGGGAACUAAAAAAAAAAUUAAAAUGGAGAUUCGGGGAAACUAAAUGCGAACUGACCAAAGUCCCUCGUUGCGACUUCUCUUGAUACUGGAUGAAAACAACAGUUGAACCCUCCAGGGUAUCCAUGUAAAUUGCGAGAAUCUGGCCGGGCUGGUGGAGAAUGUGGAAGUAACCUGUGUUCAGAUGUCAAUCGCCCUUCAAACUCAGCGCCAGUGUGCAGCUGGAAGAAGGAUAAGAGAGGUUCGUUUCGCCAGAGCCCAUAAACCGAACACCAUGGGUUACAACUCAGUGUGUAAUAUGUGGUCAGAAUUUUGGAGUUACGAAACGCAGAAGGUUGUGGUGGUUAAAAACCGAAAUAUAGCAAUCAUCUACAGAAUUUUCCAACUUGCCAUCGUGAUGUACUUUAUCGUGUAUGUUUUCAUCAUCCAGAAAUCAUACCAAGAUAAAGAGAAUGCUCCUCAAAGUUCAGUCAUCACCAAGGUCAAAGGGAUAGCAAUCACAAAUUCCUCUUUUGAAGGUGAUGUUUGGGAUGUGGCAGACUACAUUAAUCCACCAGAGGGUCAAGAUACUUUCAGCAUUACUGUGCAGACUAAAACAACCCCUUAUCAGAAAAUGAUCACUUGUCCUGAGCACUAUGAUGUACCUGGAUCGAACUGUACGAAUGACUCAGAAUGUGUGUCUGAAGAAAUGAAUCCUUUUGGAAACGGGGUAAAGACGGGGAGAUGUGUAACUUUCCGUGACUCAAUAAAGACAUGUGAAGUCCGUGCCUGGUGCCCAGUCGAGAAUGCAGCGUCAACGAGGAUCUCAUCACUAAAAGGGAUUGAGAAUUUGACAUUGUUCAUCAAAAACAGUAUACAUUUCCCAAGGUUUGGGUUUUCAAAAGGAAACAUUCUGACAAAUGGAGGCUCACGGUAUUUGAGAAAAUGCAUGUUUGAUGAAGUGGCCAAUCUCUACUGCCCUAUUUUCCCACUCAAAUCCGUUGUUGAAAAAUCUGGGAUGACUUUCAACAGCAUACUCCAAAUGGGAGGAAUUCUAGGAGUAAUUAUAAACUGGAAAUGUGACCUGGAUAGGGCGGCUUCAGAAUGUAAACCUCAAUAUUCCUUCAGAAGUCUCGAUAUAGGAUAUAACUUCAGAAAAACGAGGUACUUCAUGGAGAACGGUACUGAAUAUAGGACCCUAACGAAAGUAUUUGGGAUAAGAAUUGACGUUAUUGUUUACGGUGAGGCAGGAAAGUUCAGUAUCAUUCUACUGGUUAUUAAUGUUGCUUCAGCCCUCACAUCAGUUGGGAUUGCGUCAUUCCUGUGUGAUUGGAUUUUGCUGUACCUCAUGAAAAAGAGUGAUGUUUACAAAGAAAAGAAGUUUGAAGAGGUAGUCAGCGAAGAAGUUAAACAGGCAAAUGAUGGUCCUGGAACUGCAGAAAAGGAAUCGAUGACAGGAACUUCACGAGAUGACACAAAUUGUUGAUUUAGAUAACAUUACCAGCAAUGGUACGUUGCAGGGUGGUUGUGGUUCUGUUGGAAUCCGUGAUCUACAGUUCAAACUACAGUUCUUUGCAAGUGGCGGGGUUUUUGGACCGACCGUGCGGCCUAGCACUUCGCUACCUCCUGGAACGGCCUGGAAGACGCGCACCCUCGGGGCUGGGAGGUCAGAGGUCGGGAGCGGCCCCCCCCCCCGGCGGGCGACCUGGUUCCUCGCCUGUUUCGCUGGCCGAAGUGCGGUGGAAGACUGAAGCAUCGGGACAGCAAGCAGUGUACCGGCUGAUCGCUGGCAGCUGUUGGAGGGAGACCCCUGUACCCGAGCAAUUUUCCCCCCCUCCCCACUCUUUCGGUGGAGAAAGAGCCUGUCGGUCUUCAAGAUGGGGGUCUUGGAGAAGUGAUGUGGAAUAUUGUAAUAUUGGAACAGUAAAUUGCUGGUCUCAGCUCUCAGGGUUGCAGGAGUGACCUCUCUUCCCCCCGCCCCUCACUGGAGAGGGGGAGAGAGCCUGUCAGAGAUAGCAAAGUGCUGGUUUGUGAACUGUAGUUUGAUGGACUCUGGAUCAAGGACUCUUUGGUGCUUCCGCUGCUUCUCGUGUGGUGGGGGGUUUGAUGCAUUUGCUGCUGUUUAUGCAAAGGGAGGGGUAGCUUUGGGGUUUAGAGGUUUCUGUUAUGGGGUUUCUUUGUUUCAUGGGUGUCUGUAAAUUUCAGUUGCUGUAAGCAU